GUGAACUAACAUUCACUCUUUUUGAAAGGUACAGUUUGAAAAAGAUGGUGACCCCAUACUUCAGGAAAAAAGUAGGCUUGCUGCUAACUCUGGGCUGUUGUUUGGCAGAGAUCACCACCAGAGACAGCCGCCCAACAAAGCCUGACACAGAGUGGGUUAAUCUGUGGUACAUCUGGUUAGUUGUAGCUGUUGUACUGAUUCUCCUAAUCUUCAUUAUUGUGUUUUGUUGUGUCCGCCGCUGUCUACGGGCAGAGAACCAGGCUCAGGCACAGGGGAGUUCAUCUUGUGAGGUUACUGUCAUUGCUUUUGAACAAGAUACCACUAUCCAAUCAACAAUCACAUCUCUACAAUCUGUAUUUGGCCAGGCUGCAGCACGAAGAAUUUUUGCAGUGGCCCAUUCCCACAAUCCUUUACAGUUAAGACCACCUUUCUCUCCUGUUUCACACCCACUUGGCGAGACUGUCACCACAUGCACCCAGAGCCAGUCAUCUGUCAAACAAAUUUACCUACAGAGGAAUACCAACCAUAGAAUUGAGGUGUCAGUGCCACCCUACAUUGACAAUACCUCCACGUAUGUUAAGAGAUCGCCCACGCUAAGUGAAACACCAACCACAUCUUCUCUGCUGCCAGCAAGCAGUGUGGUAGAAUCUGCAUCUGUUCCUAGUGGUGUUCUCUCCUUUCCCAGACCUACUGCUGACCUUCCCUCUUAUUUAGAAGCCAUGCCACGCUUUUCUGUCUUUCCAGCUGCUACUGGGGAGCUAUGUGACAGAGAUCAGACUGAAAAUGGAGUGAAGUCACAACCAAUUUCUGUGCAUGAAGACAGCCUCAAAAAUUCUGCUCCUUUAUCUGAAACCCCACCAUGUUAUGAAGAUGCCCUAAAAAUGGAAACCACCGUAGAUGUCAUGAUAAGAAGGUUGCCUCUUUCUACACAAGUCUCAAACCUUCCUCCUGUGUUGGAGACGUCAGAGACAGAAGCACAAGCAGUGUUGCACUGAACCAUGUUGCAACAAUCUAUUUUAUUUUGUUAUACUUGCAUUCUGACUUGUUUGCUGUCCCAGAAGGUGAAUUACUCCAGUGUUAAGUAGUAGGGAUACUCCUUUCUUUCUUUUCUUCGGAUGAAACACCACUAUAUUCUUGUUUUUGUACUGUCUUUAACCUUCACAGCUCACUUUUUGUAAGAUUGGAGACUUUCAAGUUUUUGGGCACACAAAAUGUUCGGGUCCUGUUCUAAUGUGUUAGCAU